AAUAAUCAGAUAAAGAUGAAGGUGUUCCCUGAAUACUUUGAGUUCAGUCAGUUCAACAUGGCUAGAGAGAACCAAUUCUGAAUCAAGAGACCUUAUAUCAACUUUUAUAAGACACUCAAUUUCAACUUCCAAGAGUAUAAUGCUAACUUGAAGCUCCAGUGUGUUCACUGGCACAGGCUUUUGAUGUCAUGUGCAAAUGUAUUCGGGUAUUUUGAAAUGCUCAAGAAUAUCAGAUGCCAGGAAACUGUUGAAUACUUCAAGCAGUGCUUACAGUUAAACACUUUCUUUGCUUAUCACAAGAAGUAUUACCCUAACGAGUACUUCACAAGUGAGUACUGGAGGGUGAGCCCACACUAUGAGUCAAUCUUCUUGGAUUCAGAUUAGUC